ACCAUGACGCACUCUGAGGGCAGAGCUGUUUCUGUCUGCCUGAGGUAUUUCACACAGUUACUCUUUACUAAGCAGACGCUUUAUCUCAGGAAGGAGCGCAUUUCUACCGUCUUAUUUUCAAAAGAAGAUCUUUAAAAGCUGAGGAUGAAACUGGUUCUUCUCUUUGCUGUAGCCUGCCUCGCCUUACAUAAUGGAAAAGGAGCACCUGCAACUGCUGUUUACAAGUUUUUGAGAUGUAAUCCUGAGGGCGGCAAUGCCAACUGCAAGGUCCACCAGAGCUCUGAGAUACCAUGGAGCCCAGAUCUCCCAUCCAAACUGCCUGCCUCUGACGCCGAGUAUCUAGAGGCACAACCAGUUGAGAGUGAGGAGGCUCCCUCAAUGAUGGAUGGCCCCUCAGAGCCAGAGGAGGAAGAUGAACCAAUAAGGAGUGAAGAUGGAGAGUCACCUAUGUUUUUCCCAGGAGAAGAAGGCUCUGGUUAUGAAGGGUCUGCAAUAGAUUACUUUACUAUCGCUGAUGAGCCUAAAGAAGCUGAAAUUGACACAGGUUCCGGUGAAUCUUGGACAGACUUUGUUCAGCCCUUAGCUGGAAAAGUGAGGAACACUCCAGGUGAAGCUGCAAAGCCAACAGAGCAGGACCUUGAAGAAGACCACCUUCUGCAGAUAUAAACUUUAAGAAAAGUCAACCAUUGCAACUCCCCAGUAAAAGCAAAAGAAAUACUGCAUCACCAUCUGCUGGAGAAAAAUUGAACUUGCGGAGGCCAAAUGUCUACUUUGGAUUAUAUUAGUAAAUGAUGCGGGUUAUUUUUAUAUAUAUAUAUAUAUAUAAAAAAAUCAUAAGAAUUUUAUUUCAUUUGCAAAGCAGCUGCUGUUUUAUAAAAAUGCCCCACUAUUCAACCAUGGAGUGUAAAUUUGGUGAGGUCUAAACUCUGCUUCAUCUCUCUAUAUAUUUUUUUUCAUUUUGUAUAAAGAAAAUAUAUCAUGGUAAAAGAAAAAUGCUUUUAAAAUAGUAUGCUGCCAGUGCAAAAAAUAAUACUGUUUUCACUGCGUUGCUCAUGUUAAAGCCACUCCUGUCAUCUUUUGAUCGAUCAACAAACCAAAGAAAAAACUUAUUUAUACAUUUUUUUAUUCAUCCUAAUUAAGAUGACGUUGCUAAUUAUUUUGCAAGAAAUAAAAAGUUAAUGGGUCUACAAUCAAUAAUUAAUAUCAAGUUAAUAUGUGUACAAUGAAUAUAAACAUUUUUUGCAAUAAUCUGUACAUUGUUCCAGUUUUUUUCAUAUAGCUCAAUAUGCAUUUGAGAUAUUUCAAUCAAUAAGGGAUUGAAUAAAAGUUUUAAAGAAG